GAGGCAAGUGGUGCCGCGGCGGGGUCGGGAGAGGAGGGGCCAUGGCGGACGAGGCGGCGCCGAGGCUGCUGCCGGUGGCGGCAGACAGGGACAAGGACGACCGCCGCCGCUGGGCGGCCCGCUGCGGCUUCGCCGUCCUCGGCAUCAUGAGUACCCUCCUCGUCUACGGCGUCCUCCAGGAGAAGAUCAUGAGAGUCCCGUAUGGAGUGGAGAAGGAGUUCUUCAGAUACUCGCUUUUCCUUGUUUUCUGUAACCGCAUCACCACAUCCAUGGUGUCUGCAAUGGUGUUACUGGCAAGUAAGAAAUCCUUGGACCCUGUGGCUCCGCUACACAAAUAUGGUGUUGUCUCCAUAUCAAAUAUACUGACCACUACCUGCCAGUAUGAGGCCCUCAAGUAUGUAAGCUUCCCUGUCCAAACGCUUGCCAAAUGCGCCAAGAUGAUACCUGUCAUGAUCUGGGGCACAAUAAUAAUGAGAAAGAAGUAUGUUGCAAAAGAUUACUUCUUUUCUGUCGUCGUGACUAUGGGUUGCGCAUUGUUCAUUCUAUAUCCGGCGUCGAUGGAUGUGAGUCCAUUUAAUAAAGGCAGAGAAAGCACUAUUUGGGGUGUUUCACUCAUGCUCGGUUAUCUUGGUUUUGAUGGGUUCACAAGCACGUUCCAAGAUAAACUCUUCAAAGGGUAUGACAUGGAAAUACACAACCAAAUAUUCUACACAACAGUCUGCUCUUGUCUUCUUAGUUUAAGCGGGCUGAUUCUCCAGAAUCAUCUGAUUCCAGCUGUGGAUUUUAUGUUCCGUCACCCAGAUUGCUUCUCCGAUGUUGUAAUCCUGUCCAGCGUUGCAACAGCGAGUCAGUUCUUCAUAUCCUACACCAUUCGGACAUUUGGCGCUCUCACAUUUGCUACCAUAAUGACAACUAGACAGCUUGUGAGCAUAUUGCUGUCCUGCAUCUGGUUUGUACAUCCUCUCAGCUGGAUGCAGUGGGUUGGCGCGGCCAUUGUGUUCGUAGCCCUAUACACAAAGAGCUUCCUGAGGAGUAAACCGCAGAAGCUAGCGGGGUCAAGCCCGCCACGUGGUUCCAGUCCGAACCCUGUUAGCAAUAGUUGACAAUUGGUGACAUAAUAACAUAGGAAACAAUGGACUUGUUGCGGUGUAACGGGACGAAGUCUCCGUGUCUGAGAUCAAUGGCACCAUGGCUGCAUAUGCAAGGCGAGGUAACUGGACAGAUAGGUUCCAGAUGUUGCUGUGUUACUGCUCCCUGACAUUUUUUCAAGGUCAUGAAGGUGGCCAUUUUUUCAAGCUAGUCGACCCUAGUGUUAGUUUAGUGUCCAGAGACCCAAUUUUGUAGCCCAGUGAGCUGUGUUACCAAUUUUGUAGCCUCAACAAAGCAUCGUGUGUGUGUGUAUUUGUCGAGCGUUGGCGACUGAGAGUUGAAGAAGUCACAGCAGACCAUCUGCAAAAACUCA